CGAAGAGGAGGGCCUCUAUUCUGUUGGCGCUUGCGUGUUGCGAAGUGGUUUCGCAUGCGCGGUGGGGUUGAGCGAAGCGCACGCUGAGAAUCGACGGCUGUUCCGAGUGAAUUGCUAGUGAUCUCUUCGAUUAAAGAGCGCGGCCGGGACCCCACUGCGGGAUUCACACAUAUACCUCAGAAUGCCGGGUCUAAGUUGUAGAUUUUAUCAACACAAAUUUCCUGAGGUGGAAGAUGUAGUGAUGGUGAAUGUAAGAUCCAUUGCUGAAAUGGGGGCUUAUGUCAGCCUGCUGGAAUACAACAAUAUUGAAGGCAUGAUUCUUCUUAGUGAGUUGUCCAGAAGGCGUAUUCGUUCCAUAAACAAACUCAUCCGAAUUGGCAGGAAUGAAUGUGUGGUUGUCAUUAGAGUGGACAAAGAAAAAGGAUACAUUGAUUUGUCAAAAAGAAGAGUUUCUCCAGAGGAAGCAAUCAAAUGUGAAGAUAAAUUCACUAAAUCCAAAACUGUUUACAGCAUUCUUCGUCACGUUGCUGAGGUAUUGGAGUACACCAAGGAUGAGCAACUGGAAAGCCUGUUCCAGAGGACUGCUUGGGUCUUUGAUGACAAGUACAAGAGACCCGGAUAUGGUGCCUAUGAUGCAUUUAAGCAUGCAGUCUCAGACCCAUCUAUUUUGGAUAGUUUAGAUUUGAAUGAAGAUGAACGGGAAGUACUCAUUAACAAUAUUAAUAGGCGUUUGACCCCACAGGCUGUCAAAAUUCGAGCAGAUAUUGAAGUGGCUUGUUACGGCUAUGAAGGCAUUGAUGCCGUAAAAGAAGCCCUGAGAGCAGGUUUGAAUUGUUCGACAGAAACCAUGCCCAUCAAGAUUAAUCUCAUAGCUCCUCCUCGAUAUGUGAUGACUACCACAACCCUGGAGAGGACAGAAGGCCUCUCCGUCCUCAAUCAAGCUAUGGCUGUUAUUAAAGAAAAGAUUGAAGAAAAGAGGGGCGUCUUCAAUGUUCAGAUGGAGCCCAAAGUGGUCACAGAUACAGAUGAAACUGAACUUGCAAGGCAACUGGAAAGGCUUGAGAGAGAAAAUGCAGAAGUGGAUGGAGAUGAUGAUGCAGAAGAAAUGGAAGCCAAAGCUGAAGAUUAACGUUGUGGGAAACAGAGUCCAGUUUAAGGAACACAAAACAGCCCUUCUGGCUAUAAACCCUAGACUUAAAAGUUUUCCAGUAUUGAAAACUUCAAAGUUAAAUAUUUUUUAUUUCCAAGUAUUUAAAUGUUCUAACAGACCAAAAUGUGAACUGCCCUCCUGAAAUGUCGGCUGUUUUCACACAGUAGCUCCAACACAUUGAACAUUUUUAAGCUAAGAACAGUCAUAAAAUUGGGUUUUCCAUUUCUGAUGUCUCCAGAUUGACACCCCUUUGUAGUUCAGUGCCUCUAUGUAAUUUACCAAGGGCACCCAAAGCAAAUAGUCCCAAACUUUCUAUAUAAAUGUAUCAAGCAAACAUUAAAUAAAUUUCUGGGAUAUUUAAUUAAUAGGCUUCUUCCUUCUUGUCACCAGUUAAAAGCAUUAUGAUUACUAAGGCCCUAAUUCUAUUCCUUUCAGUCUAGAUGUAGAAAUAUAAGGGCAAGUGCUCAAAGGACUUAUAUGGCAGAUCUUUUCAAUAGGAGGGCUUAGAGAAAAUAAUUUUAAUUUUAACCACAGUGAAAGUUGAUUCUUAGUGGGGAAAGCCUUAAAGUACAAUUCAAGGAUUAUAUUGGUUGUGUGACUGUCAGCGGUUUGAGACUGAUGACAUGUAUGAGGGAGAAUUUAUCACACUGGUCCUAGUUGGUAUACUAAGCUGCUUGCCUUGAGUUUUUAAAUCACAGUGAUAAAGUUUUUAUUUUUUUCUUUUUAGAUGCUGCUGCUUUAAUUUAGUUAUUUUGAAUAUCAUCACCCAACUUUUUUUUUUCCAUUAAAAUAUUCACUAGGUGCCGCCUAGAGAGCUUCCAUUUUCUUUAUAACAGAAUAGGGAUCUGUUUGAACACAAUUACAGUGAUUUUUCAUCAUUUUUAUCUUUAAGAACUAAUUAUUUUAAAGGUAAAUAAAUUCAUAGGUAACACAUGGCUUAAAGUUACAGCUAUAGUAGCCAGGGUGUCUGUCUUGAGUUACUCUGGUUUUUGUAGAUUUAUUCUUAGUACACUUGAGAUGCUAGAUAUAUUAAUUUUAUUAUUAUUCUUAAGAAUAGCUAUUUAAAUACUUAGAAGAUUAAAUCAUACCCACCUACAUCAAUCCAAUACUAGACUCACUAUUAAAGGGACUGGAAAAUAGAAGUGUUGGUGAGAUAGUUUGUGCCAUAUGUAAAGGCUGCCCCUUUGUUGAAUUCAGCAGCCUUUAUUAGAUUUUUAGAUCCAGAAGUCUGACUUAAUAUAGCUAUUUCCACAAGGAAACCAUGAUUGCUAGCUAGCAUGCCAUACUGGAAAUAUUUAGAGGAGAAUCUGGAUGUAUUCAAGAUAAGCACAUAAUUUUCACCUUGGUCUUUUUGAGAAGUCAAAAAAUAAAUUCAGAAAGCUCAGCAAUAAGAUGUCAUCAAAAUAUAAGAGGUGCUUCUUAAAUGUUUGCUGUAUACAAGGGAACUGAAUUUUUGUUUACUGACUAUUUUUAUACUUCAAAAGCCAUAACUAUUGAGAAAUACUGGUGGACUUCAUGAAGAGUGAAUUUAUCCCAUGCAGGCCUUUUGCUCAGUUCCACAACAAUGGCACAUUCAUGACCCUUGCCAGAGAAAAGAUCAGUACCCCAGUGAUACAAAGAGAGAAUUAACUAAAUUUAAGGCAUACACAUACCCUACUGACCUAAACGUAUCAUUUUCAAAUGAGGACAAGAUACACACCCAGCUUCAAAUAAGGAAUAGGUUGACCAAGACAAUUGACCAGUUUAUCUAAAUCUUAGAUCUCUCCUCCAAAACCUCUUUGUUAAAAAUUGACAAGUUCAUCUACUUCCUGUUCUGCCUUUGAGGUCAAGUGGUUAUCAACCCAAAACUGAAAAUUAGCAAUAAUUUGGUUCUUAUGCAUAAUUAACAAAUUAAGCGAAAAUGGCUGACAAAAAAUAGGACCAUUCAAACCAUUUUUGAUCUUUUACAACAAAACGAGACAAACCAAUACUUUGGAUAAUGGUCAAACAGUAGGAACCUACAAAAACAUGCUAAGCGCUGCAUUAUGCUAAGAAGUACAGUUACUGUUCAGCUGCCAUACUUUCAAACAUUCUUGAUUUAGCUACUUUUACAUCAAAAACCAUUGAAUUAAGUUGGUUUGGGAUUUUUUAAAAAUUCGAAUGCUAGUACCUUGACAAGAGUUGUACUCUGAUUUGCCUCAAGGUGAUGGUCAUCUACUUUUCAGUGCAUGAGGAUUCUCCUAUCUCCUACACAGUGUGGUGCAACUGUGCCAAUUUAGAGUCCGGAAGCCAUCAAACCAAGUGCAGUUGAAUUCAGACAAUCACCUGUUGACAUUCAAAAAGCAAUAAACUAAUUCCAGGGACAUUAGACCUUGGUAAAAUGCCAAAUGGAAAAUGGUGCUUUAAAAGGCAGUCUCUUACAAUGUAAGGAAUGAAAUAAAACUUCAUUAGCUUGGAAUUCCUGAUCAUUUAGGUCAGGUAUUUUAGAUGAGAUUAAGGGAAGACAGUUCAAACUAUUUCAGAGGACAAAUUUUUACUUAACACUUUGGAAGUAUCUACUCCCCUUAAAUGUAAGUUACAUAUCAUACUAUUCGUUAAAGGAAGUCUAAGCACUUGUACUUAGCAGGAAUGCUCUCAGUAGCUUGUGCCAGAUUAC